AUAAAAUAAAGGCAAAUAAAUCACUGAUCAAGAAUUAUAUACUGGAAAAUCGAACACGAAUUCCUUCCAAUUAAGAGUUUGAUAAAAACCAUUUCCUUGUCUGCGCGUGAGAUUAUGGAGUUAAUUAAUUGAUUAAUCAACUCUAUGGUGCAAGUUGCAACGACCCAGUAGAGAAAGGCUUGGUUGUUGUGGUAUAAAAUUCAGUUGGGUUUUUAAUCACGGAUUGAAAAAGCUAUCCACAAAUCUCUCUCUCUCUCUCUCUCUCUCUCUCUCUCUCUCUCUCUCUCUCUCUCUCUCUCAUCCUUGUUUUGUGCCAUAAUCACAGCUUGUUUUCAAGUUUGAAUGGAGCACCUGUUGGGCCUUCUUAGAGUUCGAGUGCAGAAAGGGGUCAACCUUGCUAUUAGAGAUGUCACUGCCAGAACCAGCGAUCCUUAUGUUGUCAUCAAAAUGGGCAAGCAGAAGUUAAAGACUCGUGUAGUGAAGAAUAGUACCAAUCCCGAGUGGAAUGAAGAUUUAACACUUUCAAUUGCAGAUCCAACUCUUCCAGUUAACAUUCAUGUGUAUGACAAAGACACAUUUACUCUUGAUGACAAAAUGGGGGAUGCUGAGUUCGAGAUUGGCCCGUUUCUUGAAGCGUUACGGGUGCGGGUGCAAGGCGUACCAAGCGGAACCGUACUUUCCAGAGUGCAACCGAGCAGGCAAAACUGCCUAGCUGAAGAGAGCUGCAUCAUCUAUACUGAUGGCCAAGUUGUCCAGAACAUGUGUAUCAGACUGAGAAAUGUGGAGAGAGGGGAACUGGAACUCCAGUUACAGUGGAUUGAUAUUCCUGGUUCUAGGGGUUUGUAAAUUUUCUUGUCAAAGUCCUCUGCUUCGGCAUUAUGGCAGAGAUUUGGAGCAUUGUAAUACCACCAGCUCUGGAUUGGAUGAGUUUCUUUGUUAAUAGGCUUAAAAACAGAGUGGUUUUGAGUGUAUCCUCCCCUUUAUUAUUGUAAACACGGUUUGUUGAAAAUAAAAUAGACAAGAAGAUGCAUAAAACAUAUGUUCGAAUAUGAUGAAUUUGUGUGUCACAAUCGAUGUGGGUAUUCUCCAGAAAUGAAAAAUGCAGGGAUUCAAUUUCCUAUAUGAUCCGAGGGUUGCAAGCAAUUGAUAUUGUAUUGAAAAAUGAGGUUUGAUCGAGGGCA